AUGGCUAAUUCGUUGUCAUCCUCUGUGUCUUCUUUACGGUCAUCACUACAGCUACUAGAGUCCUCCAUUGAUAUUCUGGAUGAGGGAGUCAAUGACUUCCCUCGACUUUGCAAAGUACUCCAGUCAACUAGACAUUUUGAACUUCUACCUGAACCCACUUUACAUGAGGCCCAAAAAGCUAUUUUUGAUGAAAUAUCCCCUAGCAUCGCGCACCUACUAACUCUCGCAUCAAACCACCUCGAUAAGCUCGCGCGACGCGAAGAAUCUCUCAAGGCCAAGUGUGUACUUCAGGAAGGGAGAUUGUGUCGCGACACGAGGCUACCAUCUCAUAUUGGAGGCUAUACGAAUAAAGAAACAAAUGUCACGCCUGGAUCCAGUACUGCCAGAGCUGCAGAGCUCCGGAAACUAGUACAGAAAAAGGAACGAUUAAAGUAUGCAGUCGAGAGGUUGGAGCUACAGUCAAGGCAAAGGGAGAGGCAACUGAGAAAGAGUAUGGCCGCGCAUUAA